UUGUAGUUGCAGACGUUCCAUACUGCUGCACCUUGCAGAGGUGUUCAGGACUUGACUAACGGGGUUGCCAUGGCGCAGGUACUUCACCAAAUAGAUGUUGCCUGGUUUGAUGCAUCUUGGCUAAAUCGCAUUAAAGAUGAUGUUGGUGACAACUGGAGAAUAAAGUCCAGUAAUCUGAAGAAGAUACUGCAAGGAAUUAUGGACUACUAUCAUGAGUUCUUGGGUCAGCAGAUUUCAGAAGAGCUUAUUCCGGACUUAAACCAGAUAUCUGAGAACUCAGACCCCACUGAACUGGGCAGGCUUCUGCAGCUUAUUCUAGGUUGUGCAGUCAACUGUGAAAGGAAACAAGAACACAUACAGAAUAUCAUGACCCUUGAAGAGUCUGUUCAGCAUGUUGUCAUGACUGCCAUUCAAGAGCUCAUGAGCAAGGAAAUAACGGGUCCUUCCACAAGUGAUGCAUCAAGUGAAAUGGAACAGCAGCUUAAAAAAGCUUUGGAAGAUCUUCAGGAAGCACUAGCAGAAAAAGAAGAGUUGGCACAAAGAUGUCAAGAGCUAGAUUUACAGGUGGCUGCCCUGCAGGAUGAAAAAAACAGCUUGAUGUCAGAAAAUGAGAUUAUGAAUGACAGGCUAGAGCAAUUAGAUGACUCUCUUGAUGAUCCAAAUACUGUGGUUGCAAAAAAGUAUUUUCAUGCACAGUUGCAGCUGGAACAACUGCAAGAAGAAAACUUCAGGCUUGAAGCUGCAAAAGAUGAUUAUCGUGUCCAUUGUGAAGACCUAGAAAAACAAUUGAUUGAACUGCAACAUAGAAACAAUGAACUAACCUCUUUGGCAGAAGAAUCUAGAGCCUUGAAAGAUGAAAAUGAUAUUCUUAGGACUACUGCAGACAAGGCAAGUAAGCUGGAAUCAACUGUUGAAGUGUACCGUAAAAAGCUACAGGAUCUGAAUGACUUCCGCAGACAAGUUAAAUCUCUGCAAGAAACCAACAUGAUGUAUAUGCACAAUACAGUCAGUCUGGAGGAUGAACUGAAGAAAGCCAAUGCAGCACGUGCCCAGCUAGAAACCUACAAAAGACAGGUCCAGGAGCUUCAUAACAAACUAUCUGAAGAAUCAAAAAGAGCUGAUAAGCUAGCAUUUGAAAUGAAGCGACUUGAAGAAAAACACGAAGCUUUAAUCAAAGAAAAAGAGAGACUGAUAGUACAAUGUGAUGCAUUGAAAGAGACAAAUGAAGAGCUCCGGUAUUCACAGAUGCAGCAGGAUCACCUGAGUCAAACAGGUGCAUCUCGUGUUAAAAGCCAUGAGAAUCUUGCUGCUGAAAUUCUGCCAGUGGAAUAUAGAGAAAUGUUUAUUCGGCUGCAGCAUGAAAAUAAGAUGCUUCUUAUACAACAGGAAGGAUCAGAAAAUGAACGUAUUGCAGAGCUCCAGGAACAGCUGGAGCAAAAGCAUCGGACAGUGAACGAACUAGAAACUGAGAAAAGGCUAAAUGAAGAGCGUAUUGGGGAGUUACAACAGCAGAUUGAAGAUCUGCAAAAGACUUUACAGGAGCAGGGAUCCAAGACAGAAGGAUCUAGCAACCUGAAGCAGAAAUUGGCAGCACAUAUGGAGAAGUUGAAUGAAGUUCAUGAUGAGUUACAGAAGAAAGAGGCUGAUCUUGCGGAACUCCAGCCUGAUGUUAGUCAGAACCCCCAGAAGAUUGGAGAGCUGGAAGCAGCUUUGCGAAAAAAAGAUGAAGAUAUGAAAGCAAUGGAAGAAAGAUAUAAAAUGUACCUUGAAAAAGCAAGAAAUGUGAUAAAAACCUUAGAUCCCAAACUAAAUCCAGCAUCAGCGGAAAUUAUGUUGCUCAGAAAACAGAUAAUGGAGAAAGACAAAAAAAUUGAAGCGCUAGAGGCUGAAUACAAACUUGCUAAGUUACGUGAUUAUGAGGAAAAGCUAAUUGUAACUGCAUGGUAUAACAAGAGCCUAACUCUUCAGAAGCUAGGUAUGGAAGCAAGACUGGUUGGCAGUAGUGGUGCUUGCAGAGAUGGUCCUGGACGCUCAUUCCUAGCUCAGCAACGUCAUGUCACCAAUACCAGAAGGAAUCUCACUGUUAAAGUACCAGGUGCAACAUCUGAUUAA